GUCGAGUUUGCAUCUUUUUCUUGUUUACAAAACAGAAGGAACUCAUACUAAUUAAUAUUAAUACAAGUAGUUUAUAUCUUUAUCAUAGAGAAACAUACACAUACAGGAUGGUGGAUAUAACGUUACUACUGGCACACUAUGACAAUAGAGAAGAAUUACUAAAGAUCUUGGAAGAUGAUCAUAAGCGUAAGGAGUCUAUUAAAUUAGCAGUGUUACAAAUAAUGCUUAAUGGAGGUAAGAAAGAUGUAAGUGCUAAUGAAGACUUACUGAAGAAAAUAGAUCAAUAUGAAGUGACUAUUAAUAAAUUGAAACAAGAUCAUUCAACUAAAGUGAAGUUAAUGGAAGCUCGAUUAGAAGCAGUUACAACAGAAAAUAUGAGAUAUAGAGAUAGAAUGAAAGCCAUUGAUCAAUCAUCCAGUAAAGGUCAUCAAGUUUCAAAUCUUAAUACCAUUAAUAGACCUAAAAAUGUAUCUAAUAAUGUAUUAAGUCCAAUGGGUCGUCAUAUAAAUCCUAAAAGAAAGUAUCUUACUGCUAGUAUUAUCCUGGUAUUAAGGCAACAAUCUAUGAUACUUGAUGAUCCACCUCCACAUUCUAAAGCCCAUAAAAUUGAAUCACUACCCAGUGAAACUGAUUCUCAAACUCAAAUAGAUAGUCUGAGUCAACCAAACAGUCAAAUAAAUAGUCAACCAGACAUUCCAAAUCAAAAUCUGAGUCAAACCGAUCCGGAAUCUCAUCCAGAACCUGUUUUAAGAACUCCUUCAGCCAAAGCUUUUGUAAAGGGAUUUGAUUUAUCUUCGACUUCAGAUUCAGAUUCUGGUGAUGUUACACCAUCCAAAAGAAAGAAUAGCAAUAUAUCCUUAAGUGGAGAUGAUACAACAACCAAAUCGGCAGACAAUACAUUUACUAGUGCUAAUUCUUCUGUAGGUGGUACCCAAUCAGAUGAUGAAAAUAAGAAGAAAAGUAAAAAGAAACUUCAACUUUGGAAAUCAGAAAUCACUAGACCCAAUGAAAAGAGAUCUCAUAGUUUAGGACUUGAGGAUGAAAACGUUAACUCGCUUAAUUACUACGAAGACAAUAACUUUUUAGGUGACGAUAGUCCCGCUAAGAAUACUCAAAAGCGUCCUGUCGCUUCUAACAAUAAUGAUGAAACGACCAAUAAAAGGAAGAAGAACAUAUUUACAAUUAGUUGACUAUAUAUAUAUAUUUAGUAUAAUAGUAUAAUAGUAUAAUAAGUAUUAGACAUUAAUUAGAGUAUUUUACUAAUUACACGAAUCAAUAGAUCCAUCCAUGCCUUUGGGUAACUUACUUAAAGUUAAUAAAUUUGUUAUACGGGGAUUCAC